GUUACAUGGUCAUAAAGAGCCAAUUAUAUAGAACACACUUCUGAAGGUUAUGACGUCAUCUAUAGUAACACGGACGUGGAUAUUUAUUUACCUUUUCUUUGUCGCUUUCAUAACGAAUGAUUGCUUUGGAUAUAUCCUCGGAAACGACUUCUUGUUUGGCACAUUUUCAUUAGAUAAAAAUGAAAACCAAUCGAUACUGUUUAUAAACCCUAACGUGGAUAAAAUUGCAGCCAUAGAUAUUUCAGUUAGUUAUCAGGGACUAAGAUAUGAGAAACAAUUGAUCUUGCAAAAUGAAUCGUUGAGUCUGAACGAUAUAAUGCCAAUGACUUCCUAUCGAAUUAUAUCUAACAAAAGCAUCGCCUUGCAAGGAGUAUAUGGAAAAUUUCUUUCCAAAUAUGACAUCCUUCCUAUUGCGUCGCUUGGUUCAAAUUACAGUUUAAUUUACGGAAUGAGUUUUGAAUUUUCCGCUGCUGUUUGCAGCAUAACGGCCAAUAGAAAUGACACUAUUAUUUCAAUAAAAAAUCCCGAGAACAGGUCGAUAACAUAUCUGAAUUCGCCAAACCGAACAUUUAACUCAACUUUUCUGUUAAAUGAACUAGAUAAUAUUCAAAUAUACAGUCAAAACUUAUUCAACGUGUCUUUCAUGUCUACUGAAUUGCUUUCCGUCGUCUGUGGAUCAAAAAACAGUGUUAACAACAUCCGUGUGCACCUACCGCCAUUAGACCAAUGUGUGACGUCAUACGAGGUUCCAUGUUUCGAUAAGACUACAGUGCCAUCUGGAGAGACACAUAUUCGGAUCAUUAGAUUGUAUCCACUGCUAAAUGACACCAUAAAUGUAUUUAUUGAUGGCGUCCGUGACAAUAAAAUCAACCAAGAAAAGUCCAAUGAUUACCACUUUAAUGUGACGGCAGAUCAACCAUUUUGCGUUCGCUCCCAUAUUCGAAAAUGGAGGAAUGGAAAUAUUAGUUUUGUUGAUGACAACUAUUACAUCAUAUCUGGUCAUGAAAUAGCAUCUAAAGACUGUGAAAACAUAUCGCAGGACAUCAAUUUAGUUUUGGAAAUCAACAAAACAGCAGAACUUUGUAUGUGUCCGUGCCAAGCUGCACCAAAGUGGUACAAUUUCACACAGAAAGAUGUAUCGUUAUGGCUACAAAAGUUUAAAGACGGCAUUCGUAAGGAGUUGGUUCUCAGUAAGAGAGAUCUGACGUCAUACAGAAGACGACGAAUCAGCGUUUCCGAUCAUCGGCCCUCAGUCAGGAGACUAGGGAUAGUGGGUGCCAUCAUAAUCUGUACGUUAAUAGGUGCUAUCAUCUCGUGUGACUGUCCGAGAUUUUGGAGACAUGCGUUGCGAUUGAAGAGGUGGUAUUAUUCAAAGCAUGUAAAACUCUAUCCCUAGAUUUAUAGAUUAAUUAAUAUUGUUUAUGUUUCAAAAUGCUUGACUAAUAUUAGCCCCGAGUAUCAACUGUUGUAUGAAAUAGCUAAUUUUUAUGUCAUAAAAGUUGUUUGAUAAUAUUUGAACAGCUCCACAAAAAAGCGAAUGUUAAGAAAAAAUGUCUGUUCCUUGAUUUUGAACCUUUGGUAAAAAUAAGGAACUGGUUACUCUUAAUAAUUUGUGAAGGACAACAAUCGCAGUAGUCAAGUCUACAAAAAAGAACCGUUAUUAGUUGUUAUAAAACAGAAAACAUGUGAAAACAUAAGACAACUGCAUGAAUUCCAUCUACGUCCCAUAACAGGUCCUGAAAUAUUCGCAAAUGCUACUUUUUACAUAGUAAUCUACAUCAAAUUUGUUAUACUACAUCGCUUACUAUUUUACAACAGCCAUUGUUUGAGUUUUGGUGGGCUGGCUGAAAACGCACUAGAAACGCGGUACAAACGCAAAUAAACGCAGAGGAAACGUCAAGAAAAUGCGAUAAUCGCAGCGACAGCUCUCUGGGGUCGCUGUAUGAACGCAGCCAAAUGAAAAAUCAAAGUACUGAUAGACGGAGGCAUCAUUUUGGAGGAAAUUAAACUAAUGACACUAUAUGAUUUUUUUUAAUUUAAGAAAAAACAGCGCGCUUACCGCUUAUCAUGUUAGAAUGUUCGCGAAGCGGUUUAGUAUUAUGGUAAUUUAAGGUCGCAAGGAUAUUUUUCAGGUUGACACCAGAGUAAGGUAGAUAAUAUUAAAAUAAUUAGUGUUGUUCUCUUAUUUUAACCUUAUAAGCUUGUUAUAUUACUACAUAAAGGUGUUUAUUCUUUACAAAAAAGGAAGUUGGAAAUUAUUUUGCAUCACAAAACAACAUGGGAAACUAUACAUGUUAUUAAAGGCAUACAACUCGAACUUGAAAAACUGAUACAAUGCAAACUAUUGACAUGUAUGUACACGUUUCUUUCCUUGUGUAUAUUUAGUUUAAGUAGAUAUAAUUAUUUUCCGUGUAUAGUGAUUUGCAAACCCAAGGUAGAAAACGGCAUGUUUCCACACCUGUUCAAGACAAAAUAUAACCUCUAAAUCGCAAACAACUUCGUCUAACCGUUCUAUCCCCCCUUUUCUAUCUUGCAGAAGGGGUUUCUUGAUUAAUGAGUGUCGUCGAUCCAGAUAUUCUCUUAUCAUGAUCAUUAUGAGAGAGAGAGAGAGAGAGAGAG